AUGACACGCGGCCGGGCCAUGCGGCGGGCGGCGGGGGCGGGCGGUGCGCUACCCGAGCGGCCGCUGGGGGGCGCCCCGCGCCAGGCCUCUUUGCCGCCCAGGGCCCGCACCCGCAGCCAGAGCAAGCAGCAGGCGGGUGAGCCGGUGGACUCGGACCCUGAGGUCUUCUUCUUGCGGGUGCGGCUAGAGGACACUGGGGAGGUGUUCCGAGUGUCAAACUGCUGCGGUGACACGACCGUGCGGGAGCUUAGAGAGGACCUGGACCUGAUUGUCGGCAUCCCCUUCAACCUCCAGCGGCUCCACUACUUGGACCAAGGAGAUAUGAUAGAUGACGGCACCCUCAAGUUGCAUGACGUCGUGCCCGGAGGAGUGAUUUCCCUGAGCAUUUGGCAUUAUGAUGGCUGGAUAGAACUGGUUUUGGCAGCCGUGGAAGGGGACCUCAGUAAGCUGUCCUGUCUCGGAAUCACUGAAGAUUCCUUCUACCGAACAGCAAAUUCACGCCACUUGGAGGGUGAGAAGUGGAAGCGGUGGACAUCCCAGAGAGCAUUUGUGGCCUUGUACAUCGCCUCCCACAGAGGUCACUAUGACAUGGUGCGGUACCUUCUAGAACAAGGGAGACAGAAGUUCAAGACUCCAGGACAGGGAGCAGCAAAGGGUUUCCGGGCAUGUUAUUUCCAACCAGAACACUGCUGGGGACAUGGCCACACUGUCUGCACAAUUCUAGUCCCACCUGCAGUUGGAACAUCCCAGGUAGCCUGGCCCAUGGGUGGUCCUCGGGCUGGCCCUGCCUUCUUUCUGCAAGUCUUGCAGUUACUUCCUCUGGUGACAUUCUCCCCAGACUCUUCUCACUCUUGCCUCCACUUAGGGGUGACCAUUGUUCUGUCUGUCCCCAGGGAGCCUGCAUUGCCUCUGAACUGAAGGGCUUUGCUUGAGAUUCUGCAGGAGUACUCUUUAUCCUCCUCGGACACGGGAUAUUCUGUGUGUGUGGGGCGUGCUCAUGAUUGAGAUGCAGAAGGUUGGAAACAUGUAGGCAAGAGCUGCAGGGCUCCUGGGGAGAGGAGGCUGGUGAGGCCGCGUGGGCUUGACGGGCAGGCUCCACGUCAGACCCCUCCUCUCAGCUCCUCUAUUAUCCCCACUCCACCAGGCACGGUGGAGAGCAGCCCGGGUUUCCUGGGCAGGAUGACUGGGCUGCGUGUCGGGCACAUGAACCUCUGAGCUGGACGAGGGUUGGCGACUGUGCCCUCUGCCUUCCUCCACUGCCUCUUUCCUGUUGAAGAGUGAAAUAUGGCUUCUCACAGCCCAGCAGUCCUUUAAGCUCAUGAAAAGUCAUUUUCACUCUGAUGGAACCGUGAUGUAUUUGAAGGCACCAGUUAAAAAAAAAAAUGACAGCCAGCUUUGCAAAGUUUUCUGUCCCCUGCAGACGCUGCUGGGAGAAGGCAUGUGGGGUGGACUCCACCAUCCAGAGUCUGAUGGAGACUUCGCCUCACCAGCCAGCCAUAGCUCAUGAAAACAGGCCCCGGAAAUGUCAGCCGAGUUUAAUUGAAUCGCCUUGUUUUCCGUGUCAUGAUAUUUGUUACCCAGAAUUUGAUUCGAUUCAACAAGUCCACACUGGACACCUGCCAUUAGCCCGUCCAUCUUCGGGAGACAGUGAGGCAUUCAAUCGAAGGGAGAUCUGUCCAUGAGUCAGGCUGCUGGUCGUCCGUCACUUCCCAGUGCCUGUCUCCUCCAGGCCCGAGCUACGUGCCUAGGGUGAAAACAGCAGCCAUCAAAAUGAGUAUCUUCUCCCCUCAUGGAGCUCACUGGGGAAGUUAUCAGAUUACAAAUAAUUAACUCCAUGGUCAGUCGCAUGGGGGUAUUUUAAAGGUGGCAGAUGUCUGCUGAAUUCACGCAGGGGUGCUGUGGGGAAGGGGAGCUGAGGAGGGCUUCCCGGGAAGGUGAAUGGAACACUUAAGAAGGACAAGAGUUGUCCCAGGACUGGGGGAAAACAGGCAAGAGUUUUGUUUGUGACAGGAACAGUUUGUACAAAGGGCCGGGGGCAGGAUGCAGAGCAGGGUUUAAGGGCAAAGACAGAAGGUAGGUGAAAUUAGACCCUCCACUGUGGGCAGGGUCAUGGAGGAAGAAUGUGGGGGGCUGGUGCU